AUGGCUCGGCGGUCUCAGUCCGAUGCUUGGCGGCUUCAAUAUUCGGCCGACAUCGAUAUCAUAGCCGUGGAUGAGAACCAACCGUUUAUCAGAUUCAACGAAGUGUAUGACUUGAAGGUAGACGAGAUACAGCUCUUCAUGUCGUCAGAUGUUUACCAUACGCACUUUGGUAAACAUCUCGUGCCGAGACUAAGAGAAUUCUGCCAGGGAGCGGAUGCGUUUCUCCACGACUUCGUGGCUGUGACUCCUCAAGAACUCCAGACGGAAAUUGUGCCCCAAACAAUUGCAUGGGUAUCGGACCGAAACUGGAAUCCUCAAGAGCUGAACACUCCGCGUGACUACGAACAAGUGCUUUCCACUACCAGGUUCGACUACCUGAGGAUCGUCCUGUGGUCAUUCCUCCAAGGCGAAUACGGACCUUCCAUCCUGGCCUUGAUUAAGACAGCCUCUUUAUCACAAGCUCAGGGCUAUCGGGAACUGUUCGCCAACUACAUAACUCCGACGCCUAGAACGCGUAUCACUCUCCGGGAAUCUAACUGGUGGCGUGGAUGUUUUAUCCUUCUUGCUAAUCUCCGGUACUUCGCUGUCAGCCAAAAAGACAUUAAGGAUGCUCGAACUAUUGGGGGCACGCGACGACUUCGCCGCCGUGUCGAUCUUUCCUUCUUAAACCCUCGGAAUUUAACAAAAGAAGAGUGCGACGAAGAGCCAAACUUUCUAGGCCAAGCAUUCCUCUAUGAAGCUGCCUGUUCGUUCAUGUCAACUGGAACGAGCGAUUCAUAUUGGACGGCGGCUUGUCUCAAUGAGGACCUUUUUGAAGACACUCCCAGGUUGGAGUUUGAGGAGGGCCUGGAUAUCGAUGGGCUACUGGGAGACGAAUUCGACCCGCUGAUUCUCGAGCCAUUAAUGCAAACAACUCCCUCGCCAAGAACAUACUUCCUCGUAUUUUUGACAAAAAUAGUUACCAGCAUCGUGGGCCAUCAGCAAGUGAUUGAAUGUUGGAUCAGUGCUAGUCUAGCCCGCCAUUCCCCAAAUCGUGAGAAAGACUCACCCUAUCAUCUUUCCCCAGAGGAAGCAAAAGAAUGGAUAAAAAUCUCCCUUGAGGUCCUGAGAACAGUCCUUGAUGCUAUUUCCCAACUGAGAAGGGAAUUGGAAAGAUUUCUCGAAGAAGAAGUUCAGUUCGGAACAAACAGAAUCCCCAAGGGCCCGAUGUUCGCAUCGUUGAAGAAAGACAGACUGGCAAUCAUUACUUUAAAGAGUCUGCAUAGUUUGCCACCCGAACUGCAGGCUGUUGAAGUUACGAUGCAGGGCUACAGGAAGGAUUUUGAGGAAUUGAGAGACCAGCUGCAGUAUGAAACCGAAAAUGAGCUUGGGGAGAAAUUUGGAACCAUGACACGGGUCUCGAUUAUCGGGUCGCUUGUAGCGCUUUUCGUCACUAUCCUCGGCGUGGUAGCCCAGCUCUAUAGCAACACGGGCAAAACCAUUAUUCUAGGCAUGAUCCUCUCUGGAGCGUGUUUUGGCGUUGCUCUCAUGGCGGCCGUGUUCAACGGAUGGGGGCUCCCGAUUAAGUUUGUUUGUUUAUCGACAACCACCUAUCAUCUAUCAUCCAUCCUCAUCGUGGCUAUGGCGACGUGCACCGUCAACGGCCUCCAGGAUUUGCUUGGGAAAGUAGGGCUGGACACUCCCGUACCGGAGUUCCCCGGCGGAGACAUUGUGCAUAAUCCCCAGGACAUAUUCCGAGCCUAUCUGGCCGAUACACUGCAGAAACUGGUCGAGGUCGACAGGGUGGUCGCCUACGAUGCCAUCCAGCCCUCCAACAUGACCGGAAUGGGGGACCUUGUGAUUGUCUCGCCGAGACUGAGGCUCAAGGAUGUCAAGCCGAAGGAUCUAGUCUCGGAUCUCGCUCACAGACUGCCUCGAUCGCCGCCCUUUGCAUGCCCCAUUCCAGACGGAAUCCAUUUGCGUGUCUUGUCGUCGCCUAACACGCUGUCGCGGCUUCUGCUGCCGUACGUCCAUGACCGAAAUACGUCAUACGGGUACGAUGACUCUGUUGGCUUGGUCGACGGGAAUGCCCCGGGAGGUCCCAAGAAGAAGGUGAUUGUGGAAUUCUCGUCGCCCAACAUGGCCAGCGAAUUCCAAGUUUCACACCUGCGCAGCACCCUCAUUGGCUCGUAUGUUGCUAAUAUCCAUGCCGGUAUGGGGUGGGAUGUCAUCAAGAUGAACUACCUUGGUGAUUGGGGAAAGCAGAUCGGCCUUCUCGCGGCCGGCUGGCAGAGGUUUGGAUCCGAGGAAGAGUUUCAGAAAGCCCCGCUGCAGCAUCUUCUUCAGGUGAAUCACAAGAUCGAGGAACUGUUCAAGCCGGAACAGGAGGAAUGCAAGGUAGCCAAGGGCGAAGGAAAGGAUGUUACCGAAAUCGAGUCGCGUGGCUUGUACGCCGAGAGAGAUGAGUUUUUCAAGAAGAUGGAGGACAAGGAGCCCGAGGCCAUUGCCCUUUGGCAGCGCUUCCGCGAUGCGACAGUGGAGGAUUACAAAGCGUCAUAUGGGCGGCUUGGUAUUCAGUUCGAUGAGUACUCCGGGGAGUCGCAGGCCAGCCCCGAGUCCGUCGAAGAAGUUGAAACGGCACUGAAAGAAAAGGGUGUCUACGAGGAGCACGAAGGCGCAUGGACUAUCGACUUUUCAAAGCAUGACGCCAAAGGCCUUUCCACCGCCAUAGUGCGAUACCGGAACGGAACGACUUCCUAUCUUCUGCGAGACCUCGCCGCUGUCUUGGACAGGUACAAGAAGCACUCAUUCGACAAGAUGAUUUACGUCGUGGCGAUGGAACAGGAAAUGCACUUCCAUCGACUCACCAAAACCCUCGAACUGAUCGGCCGGAAUGAUGUGGCAGAAAAGAUCCAGCAUGUCGCCUUUGCCAAGAUCACCGGUCUCCUAGACGAGUUCAAGGAUGCCCAGUUGCUGAGCGACUACAUUGAUGGCUGUCGAUCCGUCAUGCAGGCUGAGAUGGCAGAGGAAACGGAAGAUGGAAUCUUUGUGACCAAGACCGACAAAUCACUCGAGUCCGUCGGGCUUUCUGGCCUCUUCAUCCAGGACCUGAACCACAAGAGAACGACGGGUUAUGCGUGCGACGCCAAGCGCAUGACUGCCUUCGAAGGCGAGACUGGCGCAGCCAUCCAAAACUGCUAUGCACGACUCGUCACCACUCUUGAAGGAAAGACCGAUGGAAUUGACUAUGACACUUUGGACUACUCUCAACUGGAGACGGAGGACUACUCCGAGGUUCUCCGCAUCAUGACGCAGUUUCCGGACACAACCUAUGCAUCGUUCAAGACGCUGGAGCCGACCACGGUUAUCAUUUACCUGGGGCGACUGGUUGAUCAAAUCAUGAUCACUCUCGAUGACGAUGACGAGCAGGACUGGACUGAUCGAGAGGAGGCGACCAAAGCAAGGAUGGCCUUGUAUGAGAAUGCUAGGCAGGUCCUGGAGAAUGGGCUAAGAAUGCUGGGUCUCUCUCCCUGGAGUGCGUAA